AUGGCCGAACCGCAGCCUUCCGCCGUCCAGGAAGGCGCCGCCGACCCUCACGCCCCGACCGGCACGGCCGAUGACCGCAAAGCCGCUGCCGCGCUGUCGACGCUCGACGCGCAGGACGACAGCGGCGUGAAGAAGGAAGUAGACGGCAAGGCGCUGGAUAAGGCUAUGAAGGCGCUGAGCGUCAAGGAUACUAAGAGCGAGGAGAAGAAGAAUGUCAAAGUCGAGAUUGCUGAUGUUAAUUUGCUGAUCAAGGAGCUCGAUCUGAGCAAGCAAAGGGCUACGGAUCUGUUGAAGACGUAUGAUGGCAGCGCCGUGAAGGCCAUGUCUGCUUUCGUCUUGGGGAAGGCCUAG